AUGCAGGACAAGAAGAUGCAACGAGCUGAAAGCAUAAUGUUUAGAGAAAGGAAAGUGAGAGAAUUAAUGGUGGACAAGAAGAGGCUAGUGGAGGUGCCGUACACGGCGUCGCUGGCUCACACUAUGAACGCACUGGUAGCGAACAAGGUGGUGGCGGUGCCGGUGGCUGCCCCUCCGGGUCAGUGGAUCGGUGCCGGAGGGUCUAUGAUCGUGGAGUCCGAUAAGCAAACCGGGGCUGUGCGAAAGCAUUACAUAGGGAUGGUGACAAUGCUGGAUAUUGUGGCACACAUCGCCGGCGAUGAUGACGGCGGCCGUUUGUACGGUGGUGAUGGCACAGAGGAUCUUGAUCAACGGAUGUCCGUCCCCGUCUCCUCCAUCAUCGGGCACUGCUUCGAAGGGCUUAGCUUAUGGACUCUCAAUCCAAAUACAAGCGUAAUAGAAAGUAUGGAAGUGCUGAGCAAAGGAGUGCAUCGUGCGCUGGUGCCAAUGGACAGCCAAAUGGAGAACGUAUCGCCCGUAGGAGUGGAACUAGUGGAAUCUGCUUCCAGCUACAGAAUGCUCACUCAGAUGGACGUCCUUAGGUUCAUGAAAGAACACUCUGCUGAUUAUGAGCUUCAGAGUGUUCUUUCACGCUCUGUUCACCAACUCGCCGCCAUCAACCACGACGUCUACGCCAUUACCGACCGCACCAAGCUCAUCGACGCCAUUAAGUGUCUGAAAACCGCCAUGCUAAACGCCGUCCCUAUCGUCACAUCCUCUGAUCUUGUCGACCAACAAGAUCACAACCACCUCAUUCACGGGAGAGGGAGGAAGCUGAUAGGGACAUUCUCUGCGACUGAUUUGAGGGGAUGUUACGUGGCGACAUUGAAGUCAUGGUUGGGUACGAGUGCGCUUGCUUUCACUGAGGAGGUUGGGACGAGUCCACUCUACUCGCCCAGCAACAACGCUGCUGCCACGUGGACAAGGGAGCUGGUGACGUGUCAGGCUGAGUCACCAUUGUCUGAAGUGAUAGAGAAGGCAGUGGGUAAGCACGUGCACAGGGUGUGGGUGGUGGAUGAGGAUGGUUUGCUGGUGGGGCUUGUGUCUCUCACUGAUGUUAUUCGAGUAACAAGGCUUUCUCUCAUAUCAGAUUGA